AUGAGCCUGAUAAUUUAUUUCGCCGUGUUCACUUUGUUGGUCGGUGUUGUUAGGACAACUCCUAUCAAUAUUACGGAUAGUUAUGUGGAAACAUCGCCAAGAACAUUCCCGGUGCAGAAAGUAAAUCGCCUAUCCGAUGAACUGUCUUUCCAGAUGAAAAAUUUACGGGAAGGUAUCAAGUCAGCUUCGAAAAUGUCAAUAGCAGAAUCUGUUUGUAAAGCUUGCAUGGAACUAGAGAAGACGGCUCAGACGAUACCGAGUUCUGGUUAUUUUAGUGAACACCUUCGUUUACUGGGCAGUAUGUUGUGUGGCUUUGCAGGUGUUUCUGAGGAACGUUGUAACAGUACAGUCAAUCAAACUCCACAAACACCAAUCACAGAAUCGAUGGCGGAUAACAAUGAAACAGCGCUAUGUGAAUCUGUAGGAUUAUGUUAUUCCGAAGGGAAUCGUGCAAGUGAACGAGUCGAUGAAGAUGGAGCUGGUUAUUACAUUUAA